CGGAAAUAAGGACAGAAACGUGCCCGUACAGGACACAGUAAUGGCGGCACUAGGAUGUGGGAGAUGUUUUCUCAAAAGGUUAUUUAACACAAGUGUUAGUUACAGAGCAGCUGGAUUACACACAUUUAUUAACACACACAACGCCGCACACUAUUCUCCGUACCCGAGCGGAGCGCGUGCCCUGUCUCGUUCUCCGUUUAGUACCACGGACGGAAGUGACGCAGAGUUGACAGCGCGAGCUUCAUACACACCGGAACGACAUCAGCAUGGUGGAGCUGUGUUUAACCUUGAUGUGUUGGUGUCUCUCCUGCGGGAGGAAAAUGGAUCGGACAUCUGUGUGAUCCGAGUCCCAGAUGAGCUCAAAUACACUGAGUACUUCAUCGUAGUGAGCGGCUCUUCAACUCGCCACCUGAGAGCUAUGUCACAGUACGCCAUUAAAGUGUAUAAGUUCCUGAGAAGAGACAGCGAUCCACACACACACAUAGAGGGACAGGACUGUGAUGACUGGAUGUGUAUUGAUUUUGGGUCGAUGGUGGUCCACUUCAUGCUACCGGAGACAAGAGAAAAAUUCCAGUUGGAGACACUGUGGACGCUGCGGAGCUAUGAACAACUGACCAACAUCACACCACCACACACACUGCCUCCUGACUUCAUACUCACACACACACACACACUGACUGACACACACACUCCCACACACUCUGCCUCCUGACUUCAUACUCACACACACACACACACACACACACACACACACACACACACACACACACACUCAUGCACAUUUUUCUCUGAUUGGAAGUUUAUAGUACACACUAUAAUAUACACACUAACAUGGAAGAACCCAGUUUAUACACCUGUCUGUAGGCACCUGUCUGUAGAGAAAUAUGAUGUUUAUUUACAUGGCAAUGUUACUGAACAUCUCCCACACUGAUCAAUAAAAAUGACUCGGUUCACCAGA